CAAGGCAAGGUGUUUAAAUCACAAAAUAGAGUUUCACAACAUGCGUAUUCUCGGUCUGCGGAUCGGAAAUCUGCUAACGAAAAGAUUCAGCUCUAGCUCCCGUUUUGUGCCGGCCCACGAACCCGCCCAGGAUGCCGAUUGCCGUAAGUUGGAACAGUUCCUGGAGGACAAACCACACAUCCUGGUUUUGACCGGCGCCGGUAUUUCGACGGAGUCGGGCAUCCCUGAUUAUCGGUCCGAGGGCGUCGGGCUGUAUGCCCGGACGAACCACAAACCGAUACAGCAUGGAGAUUUCAUCAAAUCGGAAGCUACCCGGAAGCGGUACUGGGCACGAAACUACGUCGGCUGGCCCCGGUUCUCGUCGAUUCCACCCAACGUAACCCAUCACACCUUGGCGCGCUUAGAACGAGAGGGACGCAUAAGCGGAAUCGUUACCCAGAACGUCGAUAGGCUGCACGGUAAGGCCGGUUCGAAGGAGGUGGUCGAGCUGCACGGGAGCGGAUUCGAUGUGAUCUGCGUGGGUCGAGAUAACGAGCGAGGCAAAGGUUGUGACUAUCGCAUCGAUCGGCACGAGUUCCAGCGCAUUCUUGACCAGCUUAAUCCGGCCAUGGAGGAUGGUUCAACAAUGAUGCGGCCGGACGGGGAUGUAGAGCUGCCUCAGGAGUACGUGGAAGGGUUUGUGAUUCCACCGUGCCCACAUUGUGGCGGAAACCUGAAGCCUGAGAUUGUGUUCUUUGGUGAUAACGUACCGAUGCCGAGAAUUGAGAAAGUCGUACGGAUGAUCAUUCAGUCGGACGGUGUUCUGGUGCUCGGUUCCAGCCUUACCGUCUUUUCCGGCUAUCGGAUAGUGCUGCAGGCAAAAGAGCUGGGUUUGCCGGUGGCCAUCGUCAAUAUCGGAGCGACUCGCGGCGAUCCAAAGGCAGAUCUGAAAAUAUCGGCCCGAUGCGGAGAAAUCAUGUCGAAUUUGUUCCGACGAAGUUAAGACCAGAGAUGUGACCAUCUUUAUUGUUUGUUUUCUGAAAAAUAUACCUCAUUAAUUGUUA